UAGCAUAAGCUUCUUCGUUUUAUUUGUACAGGAAAUGAAGAAUAAAAAGAACACGUUGGUAGUAUUAACGGGGAUUCAUGCCAGAACUUCGUAUCAGAUAUUCAUUAUUCACAACUUCACCCUCCUCCUCCUCCACGUCAGCCAAAAUCUAUUGUAGAAUAUACCGUCAUACUGCCCUGAAUAAGGAUAUUAAUGCCAAACAUGGAUCAUUCAGUCAGUUUCUUUUUCUGCAGGCUGCUUAAAGACACUUAGUCAGGGACUUCAAACUCUGACCUCCAAGGUCACCCUCUGACCUCAGAUGCUUCCUGAUUUAGGAUGUGCUCAAUGUUCAAACUAAAAGUCUAUAUUUUAUGAUGUGACCCCUGCAAACAAUUUUUUUUAUCACCGGUGCUUUGGAGAGAGAUUUGGGAAUUUCUUUUGCAGAAAACCUUUUAUUUACAUGACAUAAAAAAAAAGAUUUGGCAGCCGAGUCACACUUCAGGUGUCCCAGUGUUUGAAGGUCGUAAAAUCCACAUGAUUCCCCCCCCACCCCCCACACAUUUAAAUUAGUAUCACAUCAGUCACUUUUUUACUUUCUAUUUCACAUAUGUUGAGGGCGUGUUGAUAUAUUUCAAAUGUUGGAUUUAGCUUCUUUUUUUUUUUUAUCACAAACAUUAGUCUCUCAAUUCUCUCGCCACCCCAUCUGUGAGCUCAUGUGGAGAAGCUCCGAGGUGGCCUCUCUUUCCGAACCCCGACUCUUUUAUUUCAAAACAUAACAAAUAUGAACUUGUGGACACAGUUAUCAGUCUGUGUGUGUGUGUGUGUGUGUGUGUGUGUGUGUGUGUGUGUGUGUGUGCGAGUACAUAUUUAUAAAGGAGAGGAGAGCAGGAACAGGCCUCAUUUCCUGCGGGCGUCAUGCUGCGCGGAGCCUGCAGGAUCCAUCUGAAGUGUCACCCUCCCUCUGCCUUCCCAGGGCAUCGCGCUCUCCCUGGGGUGAAAGAUAUCCACAGGAGUGGGCGGUGGAAGGAAGAGAGGAUGCGUUACGUAAUAAGGCGACGUCUCUAUGAUGAUGGCGGAUGAAUGGCUGGAUUUAUCAAACCAAGGGGAAUAAGCUGUGACAACUAGUGUUAAAGUUACUGCGAGGAACUUUUAACUGCUUAUGAGACUCAAUGUGAUACUGAUGCCUCUGUAUGACCCUUUAUGAGUAAACAAGACCAUCGGCGAUGUUCUCCUCCCUCUUUCCAAACAUCCAGGUGAACCACUGUGGGACCCAGGCUCCCGUGUGGCUGUCCCUGGGGGACGGGGAGUCCCUGCCGGGGCCCCUGGAGGUGAGGCCGCUGACGGCCUGCGCCGCCUGGCAGCUCUUCUCGGGCACCGGCGUCGACUGCUGCAUGUUCCGCAUCCCGGUCACCGUGCGCAACUGUGGAGACUUCUACGUCUACCUGCUGCAGCCCACGCAGGGAUGCAUGGGAUACUGCGCUCAGGAGAUGUCGGACGCUUCUCCAGCCGCGCCGCCGCGCUGCGGCCCCGACGGGGUGGCCGUCGACGGCACGUGUAAAACGCCGCCUCCCACUCCACCUGCACCGGUGAUUGUCCCGCAGGUGACGGGGAACUCCGUCUACCUGAAGUGCAGCUUCGGGAGCGGCACCAACAGCUCUCUGGGUUACGUGGUGGCCUGGUCCCGCCUCUCUCUGGAGGGCAGGAAGGAGGAGCUCAAACAGGAGACCACCAUCCAGACCUCCGCCUACAUCGAGCUGGACGGCUUCAACCUCCGUCUGGGGGACAAGAUUUACUGCUCCACCUCCAGCUUCUUGUUGGACUCGCCCAACGUUCAUGGUGCUUCAGUGCAAAGUCCCGAGUUCUUUGCUGGGAUUAUGCUGAGACCGGAGGAGAGCAGCAUAUCCGAGGACGGGAGGCUGUAUGAGCUGGUGGUCGAGAGCACAGUUCCCGUCCCGUGUCUGGAGGCGCCGUGCACUCUGUCUCUGCAGCUCAGCACCAGCGGUCCAGAGGAGGAUUUGUUGGGUGCAGAUCUGUCUCUGUCCUCCUGCGUGGUGGAUCUGCCCCGGGGUCCCUGUAGGGAUGGGGUUUGCAGCCGAGCCCUGAUCCACUUCAGCCCCGUCACUGACUUUGUGACCGAUGGCAACAGGACCACCCGGAUCUCCGUGAAAUCCAUCGUCACGCAGGAUUCUCUCUGGAACGGAUACUCACCAGAACCAGUCGAGAUAACAGUGAAAGAUGUCCCCUCCGCCUACUGCUACUCCUUCACUGAUCCUCACAUCAUCACAUUUGAUGGCAGGCACUACGACAACUACCAAGUGGGCACCUUUGUUCUCUAUAAGAGCACCGGGAGGCCGUUCGAGGUCCACGUUCGUCAGUGGGAGUGCGGCAGCGUGGUGCACGCCGCCUCGUGCGCGUGCGGCUUCGUGGCGAAGGACGCCGGCGACGUCAUCGCUUUCGACAUGUGCAACGGGGAGAUGGGUGAGGCCAAACCUCACCUGUCUGUGAGGAACGGAGACCCGAGCCGCGGCGGCGUCCGCAUCACCGAGUCCUACCAGGGACGCAAAGUCACGGUGACCUUCUCGUCGGGAGCGUUCGUUCGCGCCGACGUGUCCGACUGGGGAAUGAGUCUGACGCUGAGAGCUCCCGGGUCAGACCGGGGCCGCACCGAGGGCCUCUGCGGGACCUUCGACGGCCGGCCGGACAACGACUUCCACUCGGCAGGGGGCGCCACACUGGAGCACCUGCACGCUUUCAUCUCUGAAUGGAGGCUCCCUCCAGGCAGCAGCCUGUUUGACACCGUGCCGUCCCACCUGAGCGCGCCGAGCCCCCGCAAGUACUGCAACUGUCAGGCCGGGCCCCGCCUCGCACCCCCCAGAGCCCGCUCUGAACCCGACUCCGCCUGCUCCCAUCACGGCAACGUGCGCCUGCCCAGCGUCAUCCCCACUCUGGACGUCACGGCGGAGUACGUCGGCUCGGUGGAGCUGCUCAAAGGCGAGGGAGGCGUCGGGCGGCCGCUGCCUCCGGGUCGAGGCGGGGAUGGCGCUUCCACCUCGGCUCACAGCCAGCGUCAGAACCGCCGCUUCAUUUCUAACUCUCCGCAUCGAAGCCUCAGCCAGUCGGAUCUGGAGGGCUUCACCUACUUUUUCCCAGAGGACCACGAAGCCACCGUCCCACCGGACUCCUCCCCCAAGUGGCCCACACCGUCUGGCCUGACCGAGCAGCAGGCCAGGGCCCGGUGCCAGCAGGCCGUGGCGGACUCCAGCGUGGCGCUGGGUUGCAGGCGGCUGUUAGCGGAGUCGAUCAUCGGCGGCGCGGCGGCUAUGUGCGUCGCCGACCUGCAGCUGAAGGACGAGCAGUCGUGGCUGAACGCGACCGUCCCGCUGCUGGAAAACGAGUGCGAGAGGAGACUCGCGGAGGAGAGGAGGAGUGAAAAGGAGUACCGGGAUGUUCUGGCCGUCCUCAAGUGUCCCAAUCUGUGCAACGGGAACGGCCAGUGCUCAGACUGGGGCUGCGUCUGCUUCCCAGGAUUUGGGUCCUAUGACUGCAGCGUGCUUUCUGACCAGAUCCCAGAGAUCACGGAGCUGGAGAAGGAGGGUCUGUGUGAUGUCCGACAGGGAGACUGCUCCGCCGUCCAGGUCCACGGUCAGGGCUUCAAGGACUCCUACGAGCUCAAGUGUGAGUUUGUGAAAGAAAAGUUCGAGGAUGGGGACUGGGUCCUGGACGAGCCCCACUUCAUCCUGGCCGUCUUUCUGUCCGUGACGGCUCUGGAGUGCCAGCUCCCCCUGGUGGACAGCCGUGCACCUGCGGGCCUGGACCCGGAGACGGAGACCAACAGGCCGCUGGCUCGCUGGCAGAUCAAAGUUUCCAAUGACGGCUACAGCUUCAGCAACGCCAAGGUUCUGACUCUGUACGACGGAGCCUGCCAGCUCUGCAGCCUCGACGCUGAAGUCCUCUGCACCCUGAGGGAGAAAACCUGCAGCAUCGACGGCGUGUGUUACAGCGAGGGCUCGUCCAAUCCCAGCAGCCCUUGCCUCACGUGUCGCCCGGACUCGUCCAAACACACGUGGGCCAUCGCGGAGAAGAACGAGCCUCCGGAGCUCCGGUCGUUGCCGUUCCGUCUCCGGUCCUUCCAGGGAGAGAGUUUCACCUACCAGCUACAGGCCCGGGACCCCGAGGGCUCAGCGGUGCUCUUCACCCUUGAAUCGGGUCCCGAGGGUGCGUCUCUGUCUCCGGCCGGCCUGCUGACGUGGAAGGCGUCGGCUGAAGCUACGGACACGCCCACUUUCAGGUUUACCGUGACGGACGACUGUCACGAGGAAACCGGAGCCUCCGUACAGGUGUCGGUGCUCUCCUGUGAAUGUCUGAACGGAGCGUCCUGUGUGACCAACGCCAACCUGCCCCCCGGCAGCGGAGAAUACCUGUGUGCGUGUCCCGGGGGCUUCAAAGGGGAAAGGUGCGAGGUGGACGUCGACGACUGCAAGCCGAACCCCUGCAGGCUGGGCCGCUGCAUCGACGGAGCCGACUCCUUCUCCUGUGUCUGCCCGCCUGGAAUGACGGGCCCCACGUGUCGAGAAGACAUCGACGAGUGUGUCUCUCGGCCUUGUUUCCCCGGAGUCGGCUGCAACAACACGCUUGGCUCCUUCGUCUGUGGAUUCUGCCUCCGAGGGUACAGAGGCGACGGGAAGGUCUGCUCACCAAUGGCCGCCGCACCAGCACGAGUCCCGCAGGUUUCCCCGAGGCUCAAACCCUCGGGCUCGUCGGCGUGCACCAGGCGGCCGUGUCACACGGGGGUUCAUUGUUUCGAGAGCGCCCACGUCUCCGCGGGCUUCAUCUGCGGACCCUGUCCAGCCGGUCUCCAUGGAAACGGACGAACGUGCACAGCGACAGGUCAGGAGAAAGUCGCCGGUGGAGCAGAGGGUCAUAUUUACGUCCCCAAAUCAAACACCAGUAAGGAAACGACUCCCACCUCCUCUUCAUCGUCUUCAUCGUCUCCCAGGCGACCGGCUGACAGGCGGACGAGACUAGAAGCCACCGUCCCCAGUGUGAGGAGAGCUCUGUCCACAGACGUCCCGGCGGGGGCGGAGCUGCACCCCGACCUCGCCACCGGGGUCAAGCGGGGGUCGCACUUGACCUGCGCCCACUCACCUUGCUUUCCAGGCGUUCCCUGCGAGCCUGCCGCCGCCGGGUCCUUCAGGUGUGGACGCUGCCCGUACGGCUACACCGGAGACGGAGUCACAUGUAAAGCUGUGUGCAGGCACCAGUGUGGGAGGAACAUGGAGUGCACCGCGCCCAACGCCUGCGCCUGCAAGGAAGGCUACACCGGAUACGGCUGUCAUAUCGCCGUGUGUCGACCCGACUGCAGGAACCAGGGGAAGUGUGUGAGACCGGAUGUGUGUGAGUGUACCGCGGGCUACAGCGGGCCCACCUGUGAGGAAGCGAGCUGCGAGCCGCCCUGUGAACACGGAGGCACCUGCCUGGACAGAAACCUGUGCACCUGCCCGUACGGCUACGUGGGACCGCGAUGUGAAAUCAUGGUGUGUAACCGGCACUGUGAACACGGAGGCGAAUGCCUUUCCCCCGACGUCUGCGAAUGCAAAGCCGGCUGGUACGGACCGACGUGCAACUCGGCUCUCUGCAGCCCCGUGUGUCUGAAUGGAGGAACGUGCACGAAGCCCAACGUCUGCGCCUGUCCCGGAGGCUUCUACGGCUCUCAGUGUCAAAUCGCCGUGUGCAGCCCUCCUUGUAAGAACGGAGGUCGGUGCAGGAGGAACAACGUGUGCUCCUGCCCCGAAGGCUACACAGGAAAGAGGUGUCAGAAGAGUGUGUGUGAGCCCACGUGCAUGAACAGAGGCAAGUGCGUGGGACCCAACGCGUGCUCCUGUGCGUCGGGAUGGAGAGGCAAGAGGUGCAACAUACCCGUCUGUCUGCAGAAGUGUAAAAAUGGCGGCGAGUGUUUGGGACCAAACACCUGCCACUGUCCCUCCGGCUGGGAGGGGCUGCAGUGUCAAACGCCGGUCUGUCAGCAGCGGUGCCUGAACGGAGGGAGGUGUGUCCUCCCUGACUACUGCCACUGCCGGAGGGGCUACAACGGCCUCACCUGCGCCACUAAGGCGUCGCAAGGUUGAAGAAAAUGAGAAAUGGGAUGCUCCGACAUGCAAGAAGAGAGCAUCGUGUGUGUGUGUGUGUGUGUGUGUGUGUGUGUGUGUGUGUGUGUG